GUACUUAACUGACAUAUCAAAUGAAAACAAUUCGUAUUGCAUUUUGAAAAAAGAAACGCACGUGUUACAGAAAAAGUAAAGUUUUAUAGAAAUUAUUAAAUUUAUUAACAAUUUACCGAUAUGAUAAAUACCAAAAAACGUGCCGCUGAUAAAAACAGCAAUGGCGAAGAGCCCUUAAAAAAGAAAACACCCAAAUUCGAAAAGAAUCAAGGUGAAAAUGAUAACAAAACACAGAAAUUUGGUAAACCCACCAAGUUUUCAGGAGCCAAAGGUGGCGCAGGUAAAGAUAGUAAAUUCAAGGGUAAAGGUGACAGCAAAUUUGCUGGAAAACCCGGUAAUAAGUUUGCCCCCCGACCAGGAAAUAAAUUUGCUGGCAAACCUAAGUUUGGCGAAAAGAAUGCUACUGAUGGUGAGCCAGAGAAAACUGAUUGGCGUAAAUUUAAACAGGAUAAAAAAGAUUUAAAAUUGAAACGUAAACAAUCCAAGAACACCUAUGAAAUAUCCAUAGAAGCCAAACAGAUCUAUGAAAAGUUAAAGUGUCGCAAAACCGAAAAGAAAGCUGAGUUAGUAGAGAAAUUAUACAAUUUAUUUAGUUUAGGAGAUACCAUCAAGAAAGUGGUAAUGGCCCAUGACACUGCCAGAAUAAUACAAUGUAUGCUUAAGUUUGCUACACCCUCCCUAAGGGAACAACUAUCGGAACGUUUAAUGCCUUUUGCGGUGGAAAUGUCCAUUUCAAAAUAUGCACACUUUUGUGUUUUACGUAUGUUUAAAUAUGGUUCGCCCGUUACAAAAUCCAAACUUGUUGAUUCAUUCAUAGGCAGCAUUGUAAAAUUGGCCUGCCACAAUAUAUCUAGCAAAAUUCUGGAUCAUGUUUAUCUUAGUGUAGCAAAUGCCAAACAAAAAGCUUACAUGCGUCAAGAGUUCUAUGGUGAUUUGUAUAAAAAAUCUAAGGAUGACAAUGUUAAAUGUCUGGCUGAUUGUUAUAAGGAAACUACUAAUAUGAAGGCGUCCAUUUUAAGUUCGGUUAAGGCAAAUUUAGAACAUGUUUCCAAUAAACAACUGGUUGAUAAUUCCUUGGUACAUGCUGUUAUGUUGGAAUAUGUUAAGGAAAUGGAAGAGGAUAAAGUGGAGGAGACAGUGACUAUGUUUGCUCCACUCAUUCCUCUCAUGUUGACCACUAAGGAUGGUUGUCAAGCGGCCAUUAUAUGUUUCCACAAAUCAACACCUAAAAAUAGAAGAGCUAUAAUUAAAAAUAUUAAAGAACACUUGGUAAAGAUAUGCACCCAUGAACAUGGGCAUAUUUUCGCCAUUGCCGUUCUCAAUGCAUUGGACGAUACAAAGGCAACCAAAAAAGCUAUAUACGAUACCAUACACCCAGAACUACAAACUCUUAUGGCUAAUCAGUGGGGUAGACGUGUAAUUGAAUGGCUCGUUUCACCUGGCGAUACCAACUGUUUCCAUCCCACAUUUAUAGCCACCAUAGAAGAAGGUCUACAAUAUGGUAAAAAGGAUAAAGAGGUGAGACGUAAAGAAAUUUUUGAACAAAUCGAAGAACCCAUUGCCACGGCUAUAUCAGAAAAUCCAGAAUUUUGGUUAUCGGAUAAACAUAUUGGUUUGGUUACAGCGGAAAUAUUAAAGAAAUUGACCUCCACAAAUUUUGCCAAUGCUGCUGCAGCUCUGGCUAAAAUCGUGGCCAAGUCUGAUUGGUCGGUUAGUGUUGAAGAGGAAUCGAAGGAUAAGAAAGUAAAAAAACCACAAGAUGUUGAAAAAAUUAUAGCAGAAGCUACCAAAUUAAAAACAAAGCAACGUAAACAGGCUCAGAAAAUCAUUAUUAAAGAGGAUAAUGAAGAAACCGCAGAAGGCGAACAGGAAGAGGAUUCCGAUAACGAAGAAAAGGAAGAACAGGUCUCCACUGUUAACGUUUUAGGCAUUGAAGAGGCUGGACUUCAUAUAGUUUUAAAGAAAAUCAUUAAGAGCGACAAAGAACGUUUGGCUCAGGAUAGCAGUAGUGAAACCUUUGGUAACUUUUUAAUACAAGAACUCAACGAAGACACUCUUAAGUCCUGGUUAAGUAUAAAUCGUGCCUGCUUUGUUUUACUCAAUAUUGUGGAAAACAACUCCGACGAUUUACUGAAACAAGUGAAAAAAUUGCUUAAACCUCAUACAGCUGUGUUGAAAAAACAAAAAUUCAAUGGAGCUCAAUUGUUGCAGAAGAAACUUGUUUAGUUUUUAAGUUUAAAAUUUUAUUAUUUUUCCAAAAUUUAUAAAAAAUAGGAAAACAAACUGAAAAAAAAUAUAUUAAACAAAUAAUAGUUUUUAUUUAAAAAACAAACGGAAACAUUUUCCUUUCAAAAU